GCCCACUCACAGAGAGAGAGAGAGAGAGAGAGAGAGAGAGAGAGAGAGAGAGAGAGACCUGUUGAGGUGUCACAGGGUAAAACAGGGUGUUGGUUUUGACUUAUUCAGAUCUCCAGUUUGUUUGAACCUGUUGAACGAGUCUCGGUCGUGCAGAGGUGAAGCCACGUCACCAUGGCGCAGAUUUUGUCAAUCAUCUUAAUCACACUUUUCACCCUCGUCUCAGCCGAGGAUCCGCAGCAAAAAGACGAUCCCUUCACGUUCGAUUAUCACCAGCUGCGUGUUGGAGGGCUCAUCAUGGCUGCGGUGUUGUGUCUGAUCGGCAUUACUAUCCUCUUCAGUGGACACUGCAGAUGCAAGUUUAACCAGGACAAGAGGAGGAGGACAGGAAGUAACGCAGCCGCUCAACAGAUGCUCAAUGACACAGCACGAGCAAGUGAUUGUUAAACGCUCCUGCUGGACCUCUCAGUGUCCAUCUGACUGACGGAGAACAUCGAAGAUCCUACGGACGAUUAUUCCACCACGACACAAUACAUAACAAUGGGCCCUUUAUUAUCAUAACAUAUAAAUGUGAUCUAUUUUUUAUAUUAUUAUUAUUAUUAUUAUUAUUAUUAUUAUUAUUAUUAUUAUUAUUAUAUUCACCCUGUUGGCUGCUUUCGUGGCUCCUCGUCUGGAAACUUGUUCCUGUGCUUUUGUCAGAUGUUCAUUUCAUCAACUGAACCAAUAACCAUAAACAUCACCAUAAUGUGAGGUUUUGUCUUUAAUGUGUUUAAUAAAAUGUCUGUUUUUUUUAGAUCACAUGACACUCAGCUUAUAACCAAAAAUGACAAGCAAUCGAUCCACAUGUCUUUUCUUUCUUUCUUUCUUUCUUUCUUUCUUUCUUGUCAAGUCGGUGAUCCACAGUGUUGUAUGUUGCGCUUCAUAGUUGAAUGUUUGACCAAUGAAACAUUUAAUCCUGAUUUAAUAAAACGUACUUUUAUAGAGCAUCAGCUUCAAGUAGAUUGUUCGUCAUGUGAUUGUCAUGUCGUCGUUUCUUUUUUUCUUUUAAAUAAGAAUAUUGUCCACAUUUGCUGACUAAAACACUAAAACAA